AUGGAGUACGAUAAACUUAAACCCACCGAAUCAGCUAGGUUCGCAGAACACUUAACCCAAACCCAAACUCGAACUCGAAAAAACAUCUAUGCCCAAUACGUGGUCGUUGCUUUAAUAUCAAUCCUAGUAACGCUAGCAAUAGUAACAACAAUUUUAGUUGUUACAAACCACAAACACAACUACAAAUCUAAUAAUGUACCAUCACCACCAACACGUGUUAACUCGACCGGGUUAACCCAUAACCCGGAAACACCGUUGUCGGAGUCACUGACCCGUAUUUGUCAGGUAACUCGGUAUCCGGACCUAUGUGUUAACUCGUUAGGAAAGUAUAUGAAUAAAAAUUACUAUAUUGAUGAAAUUGGGUACGGUGAGAAACAUGGGAAUAUUGUGCAUGUAUCAUUAAGUGUAACAACAGAAAGAUUAAAAAAAGCAUUGGAUUAUUUUAUGAUGGAAAUCAACGGUUAUGAUGAAGUGAAAGAUUCGUUUCAAUGGUCAGCACAUGAUGAUUGUGUAGAGCUCAUGGAAGAAUCGGUGGAAUUGCUCACACGUAGUGCUAGCCCUCUUCUUCAACUCUCAUUAUCUAAUUAUUCAACCACUAAUCAGAGGAAUAUACAGAGUCAACGCUACACGAAAGACUUGAUGACAUGGAUGGCAACCAUAUGUGCAAACCAAGCCACGUGUACGGAGGGAUUUGAGGAAGCAGGUGGGCCACUUAAAGAUCAAACGGCUCAGACCUUACAAGAGUUAUGGCAGAUAGUAAGCAAUCACUUAGCUUUAUCAAGCACGAUAGUCAACUGCGACAACGACGUCGUAUCACAUAGAAGGUUGAUGGGCCUUGGAAGCCCAAGUUGGAUUUCAAGGAGGAACAUGGAUCAGCUAAGCAGGCCAAUAGACAACAUGCAGCCCAAUAUAACAGUUUCUCAGCAUGAUUAUGGGCCUGCUAAUGGCACUGUUCGGUCCAUUAAGGAAGCUAUUAAAAUGGCUCCAAAGAAAAGCAAGACUCCAUUCGUCAUUCAUGUCAAGGCAGGGAGAUACGAAGAGACGAAUUUAAUGGUGGGAACAAGUAAGACCAACAUAUGGCUUAUAGGCGAUGGUAAAGGAAAGACAAUUAUAACGGGAAGUAAAAGUGUGUUACGUAAUAAUGUAACAACUUUGAAGACCCCCACUUUUGGUGUUAAAGGGCCUGGUUUUAUGGCUCGUGGAAUAACAUUUGAAAACACAGCAGGUGCAGAGAAUCACCAAGCUGUGGCGCUUCUAGUUAGAUCUGAACAAUCGGUGUUUUACGAUUGUGAGAUGAAAGGUUAUCAAGACACUUUAUACGUACUUACGAACCGCCAGUUUUACCGAAACUGUGAUAUAUAUGGAACAAUAGAUUCCAUAUUUGGUAAGGCACAAGCAAUGUUCCAAAACUGCACCAUUUACUCCCGUAAGCCUAUGGAGCAACAAAAGAACACAAUCACAGCCCAAAAACGACCAUGUCCUUAUACAUGUUCAGGUAUAUCCAUCCAUGAAUGUCAAAUUCGCGCCGCGCCAGAUUUGGAACCUGUGAAAUCAAACUACUCAACCUACUUGGGACGUCCAUGGAAUGAGUUAGCAACGGUUGUGUAUAUGUUAUCGUACAUAGGUGAUCAUGUUGACCCACAAGGGUGGUUGCAGUGGAAUUCAACAACUCAAAUAGAUGGUGUGUUUUAUGGUGAGUUUAUGAAUUAUGGUCCAGGUGCUGAUACUAGUCAUAGGAUAAAUUCACCUGGUAUACACGUUAAUAUGACAAUUGUUGAGGCUACUCGAUUUACAGUUGAUCAAUUUAUGGGUGGAUCAUCGUGGAUUGGGCAGACAAAAGUGCCAUUUCAAGCAGGAUUAGGAAAACACCAAAAAUAA